GUGGCUGGGGCUUGGAGGGAGGAGUCACCAGGCUCCUGCCACAGUCCCUGGAAAGGACGGCUGCACCCCAAAAGCGAGGACAUGCUGGGACCCUGAAGGCCGAGGAGAAACAGACUAAGCAAGACCUGCGGUGGCCCCAUCCUCCCCGCACCCGCAGCGGGGGUUCUGAGCAGCUUUCGUCCCUACCCGUGGCAGCAGCGAUGCCUGGCGGAGUUUGGGCGCUGGCGCUGGCGCUGAUGCUCCUGCACCCCGGGAAUGGUCGGCGAGCUUAGGAAUGCUCUCCCGGGGGACACCGGUUACUACAGAGCCCUCACAGAAGUGUCCAUUUUGACUCAUCGCUCCUCCAGCAGUCAGCCCCUCAAGACCUGAUAUGUGACCAUUCUCUUGCUGCUGGAUGGUAUCGAUUUGUCAUCUUUGACAGACCUGCUGAGAUGCCAACCAAAUGUGUCGAGAUGAACCACUGUGGAACACAGGCGCCUAUCUGGCUGUCUCUGGGAGACUCAGAAACAAUGCCUGCACCGGGGGAGCUCAAGCACCUCACUGCUUGUGCCACGUGGCAGUUUUUGCUGAGCGCUACUGAAGACUGCUGCCUUUUCCAAAUCCCAGUGUCUGUAAGAAACUGUGGACAAUUUUUUGUGUACUUACUACGACCCACACAGGGGUGUAUGGGAUAUUGUGCAGAAGCUAUUUCUGAUGCAAAAUUAAACCCAUGCGGCCCUGACGAAAUCGAAAUUGAAGGUGACUGUGUUCGUCAGCUGUCUGCCUCAUUGCCACCACCACCUCCAGGAAGACCCCAGAUUGUGACAGAGCUGAUUGAGUCCAGGGUUUUCUGUCGGUGUGCUUUUGAUGUUUCUCCUAUGAACAACUCCGUGGGAUUUAUUAUAGCUUGGUCUAGGCUUUCUUCUCAAGAUGUCAGAGAGGAACUGAAGCAAGAGACCACAGUUCAGGCAUUCUCUCUUUUAGAACUGGACGGCAUAAACCUCAGACUUGGCGAUAGGAUAUUCUGUACGGCUUCUAUCUUUUUCUUGGAGAAACCACAAAUAAAAAGUUUAGCUACCGAAAGUCAAGAAUUUUUUGCAGGCAUUAAGUUACAACCUGAAUUGAGCACUAUAUCAGAAGAUGGAAAAGAAUACCAGUUGAGGAUAGAGAGCACAAUUCCUGUCGUUUGUCCUGAAUUCAGUGAGCUUGAUCAGGAAUGUAAAAUCUCAUUAAAACUGAAAACUGUUGAUCAAGGUAAAGACCUGCUAGGUUUAAAUUUGGCACUGUCUUCCUGUCGCGUGGACCUUCGCCAGAUGUCGUCCUGUGCUAAUGGAACCUGUAGCCAUGCUCUUGUUUACUACACUGCUGUGACUGAUUUUUCCCACGAUGGAAAUAGAGUUACAGACAUUAUAGUGGAACCUAUAGUUAACGAGGAUUUCCUGUGGAACAGCUACACUCCAGACAGCAUUCAGGUCAGAGUAAAGGAUGUCCCAACUGCUUACUGCUAUUCAUUUACUGACCCACAUAUAAUUACAUUUGAUGGCAGGGUAUAUGAUAAUUUCAAGACUGGAACGUUUGUGCUUUAUAAGAGUAUGUCACGUGAUUUUGAAGUCCACGUACGUCAAUGGGACUGUGGAAGCCUUCACUAUACCGUGUCAUGUAAUUGCGGAUUUGUUGCCAAAGAAGAAGGUGAUGUAGUUACUUUCGAUAUGUGCGGUGGUCAGCUACAUGAAUCGCAGCCAUAUUUAUUUCUAAAGAGCCAACAUGAAACCAGCAAUAUCAAGAUAAGUGAAUCUUAUUUAGGAAGAAAAGUCACAAUCUGGUUUUCUUCUGGAGCAUUUAUCCGUGCUGAUCUUAGUGAAUGGGGCCUGAGUCUAACAAUCAGAGCCCCUAGUGUAGAUUACAAAAACACUUUGGGACUUUGUGGCACCUUUGAUGAAAACCCUGAAAAUGAUUUCCAUGACAAAAAUGGGAUCAAAAUUGAUCAAACUUUUAAUAAUUGUUUUGCUUUUAUUAACGAAUGGAGGAUUUUGCCAGGAAAAAGCAUGUUCGACACAAUGCCAUUAUCUCUGCCAUCGCCUGGAAAACUAUCCUAUUGUAGCUGCUCCUUGGACACCACUUCACCCUACCCGUCUUCUAAUCAUCUGGUCCGUGUUUCUCAAGCAGACAUUGCUUCCUGCAAAGUCCUCACAGGUGUCAAAUUCUCUUCCUUGAUACCAGAAGUGGAUGUCACUUCUAAAUAUAUUAAUCCAGAAGCUCUUGUCAGAGAGAUCAACAAGCAUACCUCUCGAGAAGAAAAUAAUUCAAAUUUCUUUCAAGACAAAAAGCACGUGAAUCUACCCAAACUGGAUUUAAAUUUACAAAAAUAUCCUAAGAAUGAGAAACAAGAUGUUCCAAAAACUUUGGACAAUGGGAUACACACACGGGACCAGGAUAGACACAGUCAAGAAAAAUGGUGGCAUCGACAAAACAGAUGGAAACGGCAAAACAUUUAUGAGUUUCUUCCUUUGCUUGCUUUCCAAAGUCUCAGCCAGAAGGAUGUAAAAGAGCUUAUUUAUUUUUUCCCUGAGGACCAUACUGAGGAUGUCCAGCAAGAGUUUGUCCCCACGUGGCCUACACCCUCUGGCCUCACGGAACACAGCACGUUGGAACUGUGUCAGCGGACUCUAGCCAACUCCAGCAUAGGAAGGCGCUGUCUCGCCUUUCUUGGCAAGAGACUAGACAGUGUUAUAGAUAUGUGCAUUAAGGAUGUUCUCCUAAAAGAUGAUCUUAGCUGGGCAGGAGCAGGGGUGGCCCUUUUAGAAAAUGAAUGUGAAAGGAGAAUUUUGGAAGAAGGUAAAUAUAACACAGAAGAAUAUGGCAAAUCAAUUGAAGACAUUCUCUUAAUAUUAAAAUGCCCCAAUUUGUGCAGUGGCAAUGGGCAGUGUAUGCAAUGGGGAUGCAUGUGUUCCCCAGGCUUUGGUUCCUAUGACUGCAGUGACUCACGUGGUAAGGAUUUGAGAAUUGCUGUGCCUGAAGACACUGCAAAAAUCAACCCUAAAUCAACAGUAGAAAAUAUAAAUUCUCAGUCGCCAUCAACAGAGCAUUUAUUAACUGGGGCAAGUUUUACCCACAGUCCGGUUACUACCAAAACCAGCAACAUCUCGUACUUCUCAUUAAAAUCAGUUACAACUCGAAUGAAUAAUUCAAAGGCAAUUUCUCAUCAGAUAUCAGGUUUUAAACAUGCAGCUCAUACUCUGAGUACAAAUCUCAGUCUGGGGGAGCUAGAAGUUCCUAUGGACAAUCGUAGUUCUAUACGCAUUAACACCAACCGCUCCCAUGAUGAAGUAAAGGACAUUAGCCAGGGCACCGUCCAAACAGAGACAGGAGGAUAUAAUUAUCAAGUUAUCACGUCUGUCCAAGGUUACACACAGCACACGGAUGGGUUUGCAGCAUCAGUUAGUAGAGCCAUCACUAUUUUGCCAGAAAAGCCUGAGUCAACCAAAAUACCAACUUGUGCAGAAUCGCCUUGCUUUCUGGGUGUUUCCUGUGUACCAACCACUGAUGGUCACUUCCGAUGUGGACGCUGCCCCCUUGGAUAUUAUGGAGAUGGUAUCAAUUGUAAAGCCAUUUGUAGACACCCAUGUGGAAAAGGGAGGGAGUGUGUUGCCCCAAACAUAUGCAAAUGUAAACCUGGUUACACUGGUUCUAACUGCCAAACUGCUAUAUGUCUUCCUGAUUGCAAAAACCAUGGAAAAUGUAUUAGACCUAACAUUUGUGAAUGUACCCCAGGACAUGGUGGAGCAACUUGUGAAGAAGAAUAUUGUAGCCCACCUUGUCAACAUGGUGGCACCUGCUUGGCUGGAAACCUCUGUACUUGUCCUUAUGGUUUUGUGGGACCAAGGUGCAAAACAAUGGUUUGUAACAAGCACUGUGAAAAUGGAGGUGAAUGCCUUACACCAGAUGUUUGCCAGUGCAAGCCUGGCUGGUAUGGCCCCACCUGCAGUACAGCUUUGUGUGACCCUGUUUGCCUCAACGGUGGUUCCUGUAAUAAGCCGAACACUUGCCGCUGUCCAAAUGGAUUCUUUGGCGCACAGUGUCAGAAUGCUAUCUGUCACCCUCGCUGUAAGAAUGGUGGCCACUGUGUGAGAAAUAAUGUGUGCACCUGUCGUGAAGGAUACACUGGUAGGAGAUGCCAAAAAAGUCUCUGUGAUCCCAUAUGCAUGAAUGGAGGAAAAUGUGUGGGACCAAACGUUUGCUCUUGUCCUUCUGGUUGGAGAGGGAAACACUGCAACACACCUAUCUGCGUUCAGAAAUGUAAAAAUGGUGGUGAAUGUAUUGCUCCCAGUAUGUGCCGUUGUCCUGCCACCUGGGAAGGAAUGCAGUGUCAAAUACGUAAGCCUACAGCAUUCAUUUUCUACGAUAGAUUCUGACUCUCAAUCUGUUAUAUUGAUUAGCCAGAGAGCAGGGAAGAACCAAACAGCCAUCUUGGGUUUCCCAUAGCCCCUACUAUUUGUUUAAUUUAAAACCAUUGUUUAUCCAUACAAUAUACCCUAGAAGUUUUCAUCACUAAUUUUAUGAUGCUUCCCAUGCAAUUUCAAAUAUUUUGAGGUAUUCCAGGGGUCCUUCUGAAAUACCACCAAGUUAUUCCUACAUAUAUUGAGAUUUUUAAACCCUUAAACU